AUGGCAGAUAGAAUCCGUUCAUUGCAGUGGAAAAGGGGUCCCGGUACUCGAAUUCAUGGAAGAGUAGGCUAUGAAUAUGCGACCACUAACUUGCUAAUCCGUUCUUAUUCCGAGCUUGGAGCUUUUCCUCACAAAUAUCUUUUUGAAGGGGAGAGAUGUAAAUCACAUCCCGAGCGGAUCAGUUCUUUAGUUGUGGAUAGUGAUAGUGAUGCCAGCACCGACGAGGAUAGUUAUUCCAGCACCGACGAAGAUAGUGAUGACAGCACCGACGACGCCGGAGGUCCUCCUGAUAGUGAUGCAAAGGACGAUUAUGUCGGUCCUACACUUAUUGAUAGUGAUAAUGAUGCAGUGGAAGAUUAUUACGGUCCUACACUUAUUGAUAGAAAGAAUGGUGUCUCGGCAUUAGCAUUUGAUACUAAGGGUAAGUACUUAGCAGCAGGUACAAGAGCAGGCUGUCUUACCAUUUAUGAUUUUGAUUCCUUGUACUACCACACCCAAGAUGGAGAAGAAGAUCAAACCAAGCAGUUGCUCCACAAGUCCGAAUUCAAUAUGAAACAAGUUAAUGCUAUCAAAUGGAAUCCUGAGGAUGAGGAUAAGAUUGCAUAUGUAUCGAGACAUCGUUAUAAUCUACAGAUGUACGAUUUUACUGGCCCGCCAAAGGAGUUCCCAAGAAGAGCUGUAAAUGAGGAAUAUUUAGUAGGUUUAUCUGAUGUUGCUUUUGCAUCAACCAAUCCAAGCCUCAUAGUUGCUUCUGAUUAUGGACAUCCUACUGUUGCGGUUUGGGAUACAAGAGCGGAAGAUCUUCCUAUCCGCCAGCUUCAAACUGGUCUCGCUGAUGCUAGAGCUACAUGCCUCCAAUAUUCAGAAUUCGGCACUGAUCAGCAUCUUUUGGCUGGUGGGACAGAUGGCUUCAUCUGUGUGUGGGAUCUUCGUGGUGGUCGUGAUAAUCCUCUGCUACAAUGGAACUUGUUUGACUUGAUGAGGCGUCAAAAUUUGAUUGAUGAACGUCAAGAGCAUCGUCGCACUUGUAUCGACUCUAUUGGUUAUAAUCCAUCAAAUCAGAGGCAGUUAGCAUUCCAUGUUAAUAAUGGCUGGUCGGGUGUUUACGAUUUUCACUCUUCUUCAAUUACUCAUAUUCACCGACCACUUGUACGGCCUGGUUUACUCGAGGGGUGCCGUGAUCCAUUUUGCAUUAGAAGAAGCUCAUGGUUAGCUGACACCUCGAUCUAUAUGGCACCAUCACGAACUGAAAAUGGCAUUUUUCUCUUGGAUUUUAAUUCGAGCGACUCAUCUCCUUACCAUGUGGACUCAGUGCGCGGCAACGAAGGUAAUACUCAAGGUUUAACCCCUUUGUCCAAAAGGAUGAUCACAAUUGCUGCUCACCCUAUGUACGACACUAUUGUAGCUGGAGCUGAGGAUACAUCUUUACUUGUGAUUUCCCAAAAACACAAGUCUGUGGCAGGUGGGGAAAUGGAAAAUGUGGAAGGGGCAAAUGUGAAUGAUGGUGCGGGAGUGGCAAAUGUGGAAGGGGCAAAUGUGAAUGAGGGUGCGGUAGUGGCAAAUGUGGAAGGGGCAAAUGUGAGUGAGGGUGCGGGAGUGGCAAAUGUGGAAGGGGCAAAUGUGAAUGAGGGUGCGGUAGUGGCAAAUGUGGAAGGGGCAAAUGUGAGUGAGGGUGCGGUAGUGGCAAAUGUGGAAGGGGCAAAUGUGAAUGAGGGUGCAAAUGUGCAAGUGGCAGAUGAAGAUGAAGAUGAAGAUGAAGAUGUGGAAAUGACAGGUGAAGAUGAAGAUGAGGAAGAAUAGAUUAACAAUUGUUCUUUCUUUUUUCCUCUUAUGAAUUUACAGUACAAACUACAAAGUAUCUUAGUUGAAUUAUUAUGCUGAAUUUGAUGAUAUGAUACUACCGUUUGCAUUUUAUACGAAUGGACUACAAAUCCAUCGCACUUCCUUUACUUGUUGUAGUUCUUGGGGAUCAGAAGCAUGCAUAACUCUAUGAUCCAUUAUUGGGCUUGUUUGCUGUUAUAUUUGCUAUUGUAUUGGCCAGAUCAACUUACCAACUAGAUUAAGGCCAAGAUAAGGUUGGUUGGUUGGUUAGUUUA